AUGGCCAGCCCGAUCUGCUUUGGUAAUUCGGUUGCUUACCCUCAGAAACCGCUCGUCCCGGGGGAGGGGCCCUCAGCUUGGAUUUCUUCAGCUGCUGCGGUCACCAAGGCGACUAUCGCAACGCCCCGCCUCUUCACCGGGGAAAGCCUCCAAAGGGCCCGUCACCAUGACAACGAACUGGGGCGGCUCUGCGCGCGCAGAAGCCGCGCCCAGUCUCGUGUAAGGGGAAGCGCAAAACGAAGCAAGGGCGGGAUCAAUGCGCCUAAGACCACGCCUCCUGAAGAAGGCCCCUUUCAGACCCUCUGCGUCCACGACAGUGGUUUUGAGACCAUGGUGAGUGACUGCCGGAGCAAGGAACAGAUGAGUGACUGCUCAUACACCCGCGCCUCUCCAGUGUUUGGCUUCUGGAUAUUCUCUCGAUGCUGCUUCCAGAAUUUCUGCAAUAACCCUCAGAACAGAAUGACAUAUAUUUCUUAGAAUUUCUGUAGAGACCUCAGGAGUACAAUCCUGCCAAUUUCCAGCCGUUCUCCUGAUUUCCACCUGGGGACUGUUGGGGCACUGUCCAGCCUCCCCCGAGCAGCCCUCCCUGCCACCCUCAGGGGCAGUUACUAGACCCCAGCCCUAUCUGCCUCUUGAUUGAUGCCCCUCAACACCCCUCAAUUUCCACUCUGCCCCUUCCCACUUUCCCUCUCCAGAAUCCUCCGUCUAACAUCUUUCCUCCUGUCUGUUCCCACCUCAAGGAUACCUCUUUGCCCUGCUUCGUUUCUUUUCCCACAACAGUUCUCUCCCCAAGUCCCCAGCUGUUCCUCCAAAAUAAAUAUGAUGAACAAACUGUUUGGUUUGCCUCUCUCUUCUGGUGGAUAUGGAGGUUGAGGGAUAUGGUACUACCUGACUGUUUCAUCAUGGGGGCAGGAAAGGGGCUCCCCGACCUGCAG